AGGAGCUGGUGGAAGAAAGUAGGCAGACACACACAGGCACGCACCACUGGGAGACCAGAACUUCUAGCUGGCUCUCUGUUGCCACAGCUCCACCAAAGGGUAGGGAGGAAGAGGAGGACUGCCCCAGAGUCCAGAGGAGAGGCAGGUGUGUGCAGGUACAUCACCUGGAUCAUGAGGUCAUCCCUCUGCUGGCUCCUUCCACUUCUCAUCUUGGCCUCAGUGGCCCAAGGCCAGUUAACAAGACAACCAAAACCUGGGGCCAGGCGUAAGCCCAGGCCAAGGCCCACACCCAGCUUUCCUCAGCCCCAUGAGCCAGCAGAGCCUACAGACCUGCCUCCACCCCUCCCUCCUGGCCCUCCAUCUGUCUUCCCUGAUUGUCCUCGGGAAUGCUACUGCCCUGCUGAUUUCCCAUCGGCCCUCUACUGUGACAGCCGCAACCUGCGAAAGGUCCCUGUCAUUCCACCCCGUAUCCAUUACCUCUACCUGCAGAACAACUUCAUCACUGACCUCCCUGUGGAGUCCUUCAAGAAUGCCACAGGCCUGAGGUGGAUUAACCUGGACAACAACCGAAUUCGCAAGGUGGACCAGAGGGUGCUGGAGAAGCUCCCCAGUCUGUCAUUCCUCUACAUGGAGAAGAACCAGCUGGAAGAGGUCCCCUCAGCUCUGCCCCGGAACCUGGAACAGCUGAGGCUGAGCCAGAACCACAUCUCCAGGAUCCCGCCUGGCGUCUUCAGCAAACUAGAGAACCUGCUGCUUCUGGAUCUGCAGCACAACCGGCUGAGUGAUGGUGUCUUCAAGCCUGACACCUUCCAUGGUCUCAAGAACCUCAUGCAGCUCAAUCUGGCCCACAACAUCCUGAGAAAGAUGCCACCCAAGGUCCCCUCAGCCAUUCAUCAGCUCUACCUGGACAGCAACAAGAUUGAGACCAUCCCCAAUGGAUACUUCAAGGGCUUCCCCAACCUUGCCUUCAUCCGGAUGAACUACAACAAACUGUCAGAUCGGGGACUCCCCAAGAACUCCUUCAACAUCUCCAACUUGCUUGUGCUCCACCUGUCACACAACAAGAUCAGCAACGUGCCAGCCAUCAGCAACAAACUGGAACAUCUAUACCUCAACAACAACAAUAUUGAGAAAAUCAACGGGACACAGAUUUGCCCCAACAACCUAGUGGCCUUCCAUGACUUCUCCUCGGAUCUGGAGAAUGUACCCCACCUGCGUUACCUGCGGCUGGACGGGAACUUUCUGAAGCCACCCAUCCCACUAGACCUCAUGAUGUGCUUCCGCCUCCUGCAGUCUGUGGUCAUCUAGGCCUUGCCUAGGACUGGACCUCCUCCAAUGGCACUUGAAGGCUGAUGGCCCAGGCUCUGAUGUUCACCAUUUUCCUCUGCUUCCCUCUCUUGCUCCCAGCCUUACCUUUUCUGAAGAUGGGAAUUGCCAUGUGCUCUGGUACAGCUCUAAAGCAAGACUUUCCAACUAGUUCAAAGGUUCCCCUACUGCCCAAACUUGUGGUCGUCUUUUGUCUCCCUUUGUUUUAGAAACACAGCUCUAGACAACAGACACACCCCUCCACUCUCCAGGAAAGGCUGAGCCAUGGACUGACAUCUAAUCUUGGUCCUGACCAAGUAAGAAGCAGCAGAUAGUCUGGGACAUCCCAGAGGUGAACUUUGGAAAGUUCUGCCGGGGACCUCUCCAUCUUGGACAGCUCUGCCUGAAAGAGGCUAAGACCCAGCUCUCCCAGCCCUCCUCGUCCAAGGAUCCUUUCUUCCAAAACUGCUGCUCUGCCACCUUGUUCCCUGGCCCCAGAUAUUGCCCUGCUCUUACUGGCCCACAUUCUCCAGGAAGGAAGUAUGAGGGAAUGACUGAGAUGGGGUGGAGUUUCAGGGUUCCCUAGAAGCAUGGGUAUCUGGCCAUCUCAGCCCCUCCCUCUAUUGCCUUCUUCCUAUUCCAGGGCAAACAGCACACAGACUCUUGACUGGGCCUCAGAAAGGAACAGCCAAGGAGAAGAGUGACUCAAGGAACUAGAAUUUAACUAGUGGAUGAUGGCUGGGGGUCAAAGCCCCAGAAUGGGUCUGUGUGGAUGUAGAUGAGUCCUGCAGUCACCCUUACCUAAACUUAACAAGAGACCCAAGGCCCUGGGGAACAGUGUUCACAGUGGAGGGUCAAAGGGCACCAUAUGUUUUCUAUUAUGUGAGUGACCCAGUCAUUCCCAACGCCUAAGGGUAGUUCUUAAGAAAUAGAGAAGAAGGGGAGGAGUACCUGGAAAUCUCCCAGAAGCCUCUUCCACAUUGGGAACUAGCCUUCAUCUCUAAGACAGACACUUCAGUGACACCUGGUGGCUGAUGAGGGUCACAGCUGGUUCUACUCCUUGGGGUGAUAAUGCAAACUGCUUCCAGCUCCAAAGAGCCAGGGGUGGCUGCAGUAUGGCUCUCUCUCUCCUACCAUGUCUAGGGGAAGGGCAGAAGCAGGGACUCAUUCCCAUCAUAAGCAGGGACUCAUUCCCAUCAUAAGCAAUCACAAAUAAGAAACUUUGGGAAGUCCAAGGGAGGCUACAGUUUGACUUUGGCCUUGUCAGGUCCUUUUAGCUCUCAGCUUCCACACCUGUAAACCCCAACAGUAGCUGGGAUGCUCCUCCAAAGUCCCCUCAGAGCUUGUGUUCCAUGUCUGUGCACCCCACCCUAAAGCAUACCCAAUGCAGGACAAGUCCUAAUAUUCCCUCCCUUGUAGUAAUUUAUUCCCUGCAUGGACUGCCCCUAGCCCUGGAAGCUUCCUCCCUCUCCUUACCUGGCCCAGGUAAGCAACUUGGCAGGUUUCCAAGUGGAACCUGGGCUGCUGGACUUCCCUUUCCCUUUGCCUCUCUAGAGGGCAUACUGCCCUCCAAUUUCCUGAGCGUGUAUAAUGGUGGGAAGUAUGGGGAAGAGGGGUUUCUGGAAGCAAGUGAAACAGCCUCCCAGCCCCCCCCACCCUACCCCCGCAUUCUGGUGGGGAAAGCUUUGGAGGUUUUUACAUCUCCCCAGGAACAGUAGCACACAACAGUUUUUAAGAAAUUGGAUUAAGCUGGGCCUCUAAUGUCCAGAAUCCCUUUUAUAUUCCUGCUUACCUUUCGCUUUCGCUUAUUAUAGACAACAGGGCCCAUUUCACCAUAGCCUCCUCCUCCCCUGCUUCAUUCAUCCAGUUGCAGCUGGUUUCUCCAAGGCUCCUGCUUCAAGUCAAUACGUUAAUAUGGCUAAAAGCAACUGGUGCUACGGCCUGGACAAGACCCUCCUGCACCUGCUUACAACUUCCACCCCUUCAGUGAGGCCUUUGGGAAGCACAGCUCCUGCGGCUUCCUGGGUGGGGAUGGUGUCUGAGCCCAUAGUCCUGAACAACAGUCAUACCAUCACCAUCCCAUUAUCCCAUCCAGAAUGUGCCAGCUUCCUCUACUCUCUCUGCCUCAUUCAGCCAGAGGGGUUAGAUUUACACUGGCUUUACAGGAGCAUCCCGCAGCCUUCUUAUACACACAAUGUGCUGGUUCCCUUGGGGUUUAGCAAGUCCCUCAGUGCUACUGGCAUCUACAUCUGCAGGUGCAUGGAUGGGUAUGUAUGUGUGCUCUGUACAUGUAUCUAUUCUCUUGAAGACCAUGUUAACUUUGUGAAACAAUUCAUUUCAUACAUUUCAACAAGCUUCACAGCAGAGGAAAUAAAGUCAUAUGGAAAAUACCCUGCA